AUGAGUAUUGAUGCAAAGGACAUUCAAAUUCUUAUGUGGAGAACUUUUAAAUUUUCCAUGAACGCAUGCUGUAGAUUUGUACAGAACCAUGCUUUUGUUUCAGGUGUAUUGUUAUUCUUGUUUGUUCUUUACUUGUUUCUUCCUAAAGUUUUCCAUUUCUUGCUUUACUCUUCUCCAUUUCUGGCCUGCACUGCUGUUUUUAUCCAAUUUUAUUUGCAUUCGCAACGUUCAAAAACCCAAAAUGAUGUGAAGGAUCAAGCAGUAUCAUCUAUAAAAUCCCAGCCUCGAACAUCUGAUCUUGUUUUCAGUAGAGAUGAUAAGUCUUCUUUACAAUCUCAAACACUAUCACAUAAAAAUGUUAAAGAGAAGCACAAAGAAUUGGAAUCACAAACAGUUGUGGAGGAAAAAAACAUGGUUUCCUCAAUUCCUAAUGAUGAUUCCAUAGGUAGAGCUGUCCUGAAUGAAGGAAAAUCAAGAGAAAUCACAGAAAAUGAUCCUGGAAAGGGUGUCUCGCGCAAUGUGUCUAUUGGUGAAAAUAUUGCAGCAGUCGGUGAAGCAUCAAAGCCUAAUCUCUCAUCCUUGGAUGGCUUGGGAGUGCAGGCUGCGAAAUGUGAUGAUGGGGGUGAGGCAGAGGCGGAAAACUCAAGUUCUGAAGAGGAGGAUGAAGAAGAUAAAAAAGGAGGCAGGAAUAAAGCUGUAGAAUGGACUGAAGAUGAUCAAAAGAAUCUUAUGGAUCUUGGGAUAACUGAGCUAGAAAGAAACAAGAGGCUGGAAAGCCUAAUUGCGAGACGUAGAGAAAGAAAAUCAUUCAAAAUGCAAAUGGAGAAAAUUCUAAUCGAUGCAAACAGUAGCAGUCCAAUACCAGUCGCUCCAGUUUUAGUUGCAAAUGGCAAUCCUUUUGAAGUUCCUAAUAACCCAGAUGAGCAAAUUCCUGGUUCAGCCCCUUCUGUCCUGUUGCCAACUCGGAAUCCAUUUGACCUUCCUUAUGAUCCACUUGAAGAAAAACCCAAUCUCAUGGCAGACAGUUUCCAGCAAGAAUUCAUGGCAGCCCACCAGAAAGAAAUGCUCUUCUGCAGGCAUGAAAGCUUCACUUUAGGACCUUUUUUUCCGCUGGAAGGCAAGCACAAUGAGUAUGAUAUUGCAGGAAACUCCAGGUUAAGAAGGCAGCAAGAUAAAGGAAAUCAUGACUGGCUAGUUGACCAUUUAUUACCCAAAAAUGGAGAAACAUUGCGCCGUGCAUUAAGUGUUACUGAUCUUGUAACAGAAGAAGCAGAAGCGGAAGAAGAGGAAUCUUCCAACCACGCUGGAAACCAACCUGAAGAGGAUGGAGAAGCAGACCACUGUAGGAUGGAAAUGGAAGGGCAAAGGAUAGAGAAUACUCAUGGCAUGGAUUCAAGCUUAGGGAUAGGAAGCACCAUUAAAAUGAGGACACAUACCAUCAAUCAGAACAAAAAUGAGUCAAACUCAUCAUCUUUAUCAGAAAAUAAUAAAAGGAUUAUCAAACCAAACAAACUUGAAAUUCUACCGCCUGUUUUUAGAUUUCCUGAUGUGGCGAAUACUCCUUCACCAAAUUCAGCUCCCUGUCCAAUUCCUAAGGCCAGAACAGUAAAUGAACUAGAUUAUGAAGCCAGCCCAUCUACAAUUGACAGAUCAAGAUUAGAUAACCAUUUACUUUACACAAAUAAUGGGCCUUGGCAUACCCCUACCAAUUCCAUAGCUUCUGACAUGCAACUGGAGGUCUCAGAAAUUGGUUCACCUCCACUUACAGGAGAUGAAUCUGCUUCAUCUAAUGAUGGAGAUUCCUUGACUUAUGAUGGGGACGUAGAGAAGGAAAUUACUUCUGGCAGUGAAGAAAUGUGGGGAGCCUCACCUCAUGCACCCAAAGUACAAGAACAUGAAAUGGCAUAUGGAGAAGUAAAUGAGGUAAGUAGGGAGAAUAUUACAGGAGGCUUUUCAGGUUUCCACAAGGAACCUGAGGAUCCAAUUACAUCGUCUUCAAGAAUUGAAAUACCUCAGGAGGGUCAUACUCAUUCAAUUAAUUCUGAUCAUAAGAUCUUCAAUGACAUGGAACAAGUAGUUAAAGAAGUAGGGGAACAGAGGCCUUCUAAUGCAUUACAGGGAUUUUCACUAGAAAAAUCAAAGGGUGGAACGAACUCGCUUCGUGAAGGGUAUUUGCAGAAUCCGCAGGCAUCAUCGAAUCCUCCUGAGAAGUCUGUGGAGGAGUUGAACAUUAGUUAUGAUAUUGAUGUCCCAGUCCAUGCCUUGGAUGAUUUGGAAGGCCCAAAAUCAGUUGAAGAUAGGAAUAUUGGAGCUGAAAAAUCCAACAUAUCAGAAGUCAGUGACAUUUCAAAACUAGAUGAAGAAAUCAAUUCCGAAUCUAGCAAGCAGAGUGAGAGAAAUUAUUUGAAUACUCCUGAGACGUCUGUAAAGGAAGUGAAUGUUGCUUCUAGUGUGGAUGCUCCAGUAGUUCACAUGAAUAGUGGUGCAACUGAAAAAUCCAUCAAGCAAGAAGUUGAGUUCCUGUCACAACCAGACAAGGAAAGUAAUGUAGAAUCUAGCAAGCAUAUUGAGAGCAAGUCAUCAAAUUCUCCUGGGAUGCCUGCAGAGGAAGUUAACAUUCCUUAUAGUGUAGAUGAUCCUGAAGUCCUCAUAAAUGUUACUAAGACAGACAUGAAAACAAGUGAAAAUAGGGAUAAAUUUGAAAAAUACAUCGAGCAAGAAGUUUUAAUAGACUUGUCAAAACGAACCAAGGAAAGUACUUCAGAAAUUGUCAAUUACACUGAAAACAAUUCUGAUAGGCCUCCUGCUAAUCAACCCAUCAUUGAGUUUCUAAUGCCGACCACAGAAGACAACAAUUCUAAUGAAGGUAAAGACGACUCGAUACCAUCUAGAGAUGGUCAGAAGGAGCGAAGUACCCCAGAAGUUCGGGUUUCUGGGGUAAACCAGAGUUCUAAUGAUCCCUCUACAUCAGGGAUACAGCCAGAAAUGACAGUUCAACAAGCUUCUACAGUUUCAACUUCAUCUUCAUCUCCCAAGUCUGUUUUACCAGACAGAACACCUUUAGAUCAAACACCGUCAGAUCUCAAUCAGCACAUGCAUGCAGAUGUUUCAGAAUCUGGUAUGGAGGAGAGGAGAGUAAGACAGAAGUUGUUAUAUGAACAAGUAACUGAAAUUUUAGCCCUCACUGCAGCUCAAAAUGCAGAUCAUGUAACAGAUCAUCCAUCUACUGAAAGCACGUUCAAAAAAUCUGAGGAAACAUCUAUUACCCUUAAGAAAUCAAAUGAUGAAGCCAGAUGGAUGUUCAACAUAAACAAACCAGUGCAAGGUAAUGGGGAAACCAAGGAAGAUCUAAAAUCUACGAAAUCCAUACUUGAUGAAUCGGAGACAUCAAUCAGUAAGGAAGUUGCUAAAGAGCUAUCAAAACCACCUGUGGAAAAUGUUCCUGAUUUUACAGUAAAAGAAGAGGAUCCUCCAAGGGAAUUUACACAAUAUGCUGAUGGAAACUCAGGACCAAAAGAUGCUCAAGGCGAAUUGAAAGAUUUGACAGAACACAGAACUGCUGCUAACCCAGCACAACCUGAUGUUGAAAGUGAUCAUUUAGACAUUUCUGUCACCAUUGGAGGAGAAGAGGCUCUUCUGCAGAACUCUAGAUCCAUUAAUGAUGCAGUUGCUGAUGACAUGGUGAUCAAGGAGAAGCUUGAGCUUGCUGCAGGUGAAUCCCAAAGAUUAGGCAAAAAAGCUGAUACUACAGAACCAUCAAAAGCCAUGGAGGAUACUUCUUCAGUAUGCAUCAAAGAUACAAAAGCUGAAACAUGA